AUGCAUGAAAUCCAUGUUUUGUUAGUUGAUCAUGACGCAGAAGCCCUAAACAUAGCAAAACAGCUCGAAAUGUGGCAGUAUAAAGUGAGUUGUGCUGAACUUGCUUCUCCUGCUAUACCGAUGCUUGCAAAUGCGAAAUUCGAUGUUGUGAUGGCAAACAUCAACUCUCCUGAUCCCCAUGGAUUUAAGCUACUUCUACAACAUGCACUCAACAUGUGGAUGGCCGAUGAUGAUAAUGCGUUCGUGGCGAUGAGGGCCCUCGAAAAUGGAGCAUUCCUUUGCAUCAAGAAGCCUCCACCAAUGGAGUUUCUCAGAAGCCUAUGGCAACAUGUUAUGAGGGAGAAGGCAAGAAUGAUUAGGGAGAGGGAUAUCUUAGUUGCAUCCAACAACCUCGGAUCAGUACGAGGAAUCGAGUUUAGGGAAGUGGUCCACCAUAGGAGUGAAAAUCCUAACCCUAAACCUAAUCCUAACUCUAACCCUAACCCUAAUAUGAUGAUGAAGAACAAGGGCAAAUUUAAGACUCGGAGUAGAGGUAGAUAUGACGAUUACGACGGAGAGUAUGAUUCAGAUAACAAUAUUAUGAGCCAAAAUGGUAAUGUGAGGAGAAAGAUGUGUACCGAGUGGACUCAAGAGCUGCACGCCAAGUUCAUGAAUGCAGUCGAACAACUUGGUGAAGGAAGGUGUUUCCCAAAAGAGAUCUUAGAGUUGAUGAACGAGCCCGGCUUAACCAGAAUGCAAGUCGCAAGCCAUCUCCAAAAAUGUCGCAAUGAUAACUGGCGAUCUCCGGAAGAGCGAAAGCCAACCCUUCAAACUAGUCAUCACUCAUCUCCAAACUGCAGUAACCGGACCCAAUCCAAGCCAAGACGGUUCGGGUCAAUGCCCCUAGUGAACAAACCAUCCAUCCAACAAGAAACGGGUCAAAGCUCCGAGACCCUUUGGGAACCCAACAAUGGGGCAAAAAUGGAAAAUGGGUCGACUAUGAUUAAUAAUACUCCUCACCAUUAUGGAUCCAACCCUAGGCAUGCAUCCGAUGAAUACUUUAAUUUUCCGGAUAUGGAUAGCCUUAUCCAUGACUUUUCGGGAAGGCAACAAGAGCCCGAGAUCGAUAACCCGAGCCCCGUCCAAGAAGUAUAUCAAGUUGACCCGGCUUAUAACGAUGACAAGAACUCCGGUGAAGCAAGUAUGAAAACCAAGAGCCAUUGA